AUGGCAUCAGUAUUAAAUGCAGUGCAAAAACGCUGUGCAUAUAUUAAUGAAGAACAGAAAAAUUUACUGAUUGAAUUUAUGCAAAAACAUCCUGAGCUGCAAAGUGGCAAAUUUUCUGCAACAUUUACCUUUAAACAUGCUCAAAAAUUAUGGGAAAAAGCAACAGAUGAAUUACAUAAAAUACCAGGUGCAGUAAAAAGUUGGAAACAGUGGCGAAAAACUUGGCAAGACAUAAGAAGUUCCACUAAAGCCAAAAAUACUUUAAUUAAGAAGCAUGCAAAACAAACUGGCGGAGGGCCUGCAUCAAAUCAGGUUUUAACAGAAAUUGAUCAAAAUGUCCUAGCACUAAUAGGUUCAACAGUCGUAGAAGGACAUAAGGCAAUACAGGAAUCUAACGUACAAUUUGUAAGCAAUCCUUGUUAUAUUGUAUAA